GGCGACCACGUCAGCCAAACACAAGCGAAAGAGGAAGUCGUCGAAGCAGCAGCAUGGUCCUCGCGGAGCUCGGGACGAAGAUCCAGUCGGCGCUCGUGCGUCUCAGCAGCACGUCGACCGUCGACGACGAGACGCUCAACAUGGUCCUCAAGGAGAUCUGCGGCGCGCUCCUCGAGUCCGACGUCAACGUGCGCCUCGUGCAGCAGCUGCGCACCAAGGUCAAGGCCGCCAUGGACCUCAAGGACGGCGUGGCCGCCAACCGCCCAAACAUCAUCCAGAAGGCAGUCUUUGACGCGCUCGUGUCGAUGCUCGAGCCGCAGACGGCGCCGUACAAGAUGAAGAAGGGCCAGUCCAACGUCGUCAUGUUUGUGGGUCUCCAAGGCUCGGGCAAGACGACGACGAUCGCCAAGUACGCACAUUAUUACCGGGGCAAGGGCUGGAAGACGUGCAUGGUGUGCGCCGAUACGUUCCGCGCCGGUGCUUUCGAUCAGCUCAAGCAGAACGCAACGAAGCUGCAGGUCCCGUUCUACGGCAGCUACACGGAGGCCGAUCCUGUGCGCAUUGCGCAGGAAGGUGUUGCGCAGUUCCGCGCCGAGCACUACGAGAUCAUCAUCGUCGAUACGAGUGGUCGCCACAAGCAAGAGUCGGACCUCUUUGCCGAGAUGCAGGAAGUCUACGACGUCGUGAGCCCCGACGACGUUGUCUUUGUCAUGGACUCGACGAUCGGCCAGGCCGUCCAUGACCAAGCGACCGCGUUCAAGGACGCGGUGCCCGUCGGUAGCGUCAUCAUCACGAAGCUCGAUGGCCAUGCCAAGGGCGGUGGUGCCAUGAGUGCAGUCGCGGCCACUGACGCAGCGAUCACGUUUUACGGUACCGGCGAGCACUUUGCGGAUUUCGAGCCGUUCAACGCGUCGUCGUUUGUGAGUCGGCUCCUCGGGCGCGGUGACAUCAAGGGCCUCAUGGAAGAAGUCAAGGCGAGUGGCAUGCUCGACAACCAAGAGGAGAUGGUCAAGAAGUUCCAGAAGGGCAUCUUUACGCUCCGCGACAUGUACAACCAGUUUCAGUCGGUCAUGAAGAUGGGCCCGCUCUCCAAGGUCAUGGAGAUGAUCCCGGGCAUGUCGGGAAUGCUCGGCAACAUGCUCAAGGGCGGCGGCGAGGAAGGCGGGACUCGCAUGCUCAAGCGCUUCCUCUACAUGAUGGACAGCAUGACGGCCGCCGAGCUCGACGGCGUCGUGCAGUUGACGCCCGAGCGCCAGCUGCGCGUCGCCAAGGGCUCGGGCUGCAAGCCGGCCGAAGUCGACUUUCUCCUCAAGAUGCACAAGCAGUUUGCCGGCGUCGUCCAGCGCAUGGGCAAGAGCGGCUUGAUGAAGGGCGGCGACGCGGCGAUGGCCAAGCAAAUGGAGCGCAACCCGAACGCGGUCAUGCAGCAGCUGAGCAAGGCGAUGGACCCGCGCAUGAUGGCGCAGAUGGGCGGCCCCCAAGGCAUGAUGAAGAUGAUGAAGCAGAUGCAAGGCAUGGACCCAAGCCAGCUGGGCGGACUCAUGGGCGGCUUUCCCGGUAUGCCCAGCUUUUAAGAGGAGUCAAUAGAUUUGCUAUGUAAUGCGUUGCCUGGAAAUUGUGUUUGAGUUUUGGC